UACAAACAUCGUACCCUAUUCCCUAUUCCCCUGCUCUUCCUCUCCUCUCUCUCUUCCUUCAUCAUUCAAGGAAUAUCUAAUUCUUCAAUUCUUCACACGCUCUCUCUUCCAUCUUAUCCUACCUCUUCUAUUACCAAAACCUUCCGUUGGUGUCGCAAUCGUGUCCUUUCCGCACGUCGCCCCCGCCCACACCAAAAUCCCCACAUUUCCCUGAUCCCAGGACCCUGUAUUUCCUUCCUUGUAAUUCCAUACUCGACUUUCCCUUCCAGCGUCAUCCUAGGCUUCCUUUCCUUUCCUCUCUCAACCCUAUCUCUAUCGACCUGACAACCCCGUACUCGUCGCAUCGCAUCUCAUCGCAACAAUGCGCUUCUCAACUAUCGCCCUCGCUCUCCCCGCCGUCGCGCUUGCACAGAACCAGGUCCCGCUUGCGGAGCAGGCAAAGGGCUGGUUCAACAAGCUCACCAACGCCGUUUCUUCCGCUGCGCCCGCCGCCCCCUCAAACCCCAUCCAGGCCGGAGCUGCAAAGGUCGCCGACAGCGUCCAGCAUGAAUUGACCUUGGAGAACUGGAAGCAGGUCGUCACUGCCGAUCCCACCGUGAGCGCACCGGCGACCCAGGACUGGCUCAUCUACAUCAACGGCGGAAACGCAACUUGCUACGGCUUCUGUGGAAACACCACCAAGGCAUGGAACGAAUCUGUUGCUCUCAUCUCCGCGAAGCCAAACCCACCCAAGUUCGGUAUUGUCGAUUGCGAUGCUGAGCCCAUCCUCUGCAACUCGUGGUCCGUUGGUCCCCCUUCGCUCUACUACUUCAACAUCCCCAAGCCGCUCGCGGACCAGUCUGCUCCUGCCGUUACUGCUCGCUUCAUCCCCUUGAACCGCACUUCCACCACCGUCGAUACCAUCAAGAAGCUUGUCCUCGACAAGGAGUACGAGCAGGUUACCCCAUAUGAGGGCGCCUGGCACCCAUUCAACGGCCAGCUCGCCGAGUUUGGCCUUGCUACCCCCGUUGCUUACGCCCUCUGGGGAUUCUCCAAGAUGCCAUCCUGGUUGCCCAUGAUCAUGAUCUCCUUCCUCAGCAGGACUUUCAUGAACAAGCGCAUGGCUGCACCCAACGCAGGACAGGCUCGCGCCGCGCCCGCCCAGUAAAUGCACGACACCUCAUUUGACAAACAGCCCGCCCUAUCAUGACCAUGUGUGAUCAGGCCUCGCGGGCUCUUCGCCCAAUUUCUCUAUUCAUAUAGAUCUAUUUCCUAGGGCCUGGUUUGGAAGGAUUUGUAGCUAAUUGUAAUUGGACAACGGUGGUUAUGUAUCACGGUCGAACUUGGAGGAGGUGGUGACUUCCACGCCGGAAGUUGUGGACGAAAAACGGAGGGAAACAUGUAUCGGAGAGCUCCUGAUUUAUCCUUAAGAUACCAACGAUCACUGAAAUCUACCCAUUUUU